AUGCCUAAUCAAGGGAACGAGGCUGAGGAGUCUGGUUCUGUGAGACAAGUGCUAAGCAUACCUGCCGUCUGGGUCGCUUUAGCCGCAAACUUCGUUGGUUUUGCAGCCACCGCAUCCCUGGAGCCGACUCUUGCAAUUUUUCUGGACGAGCUUAAUUUUAGUGUGAUGGCGAUAAGUCUGCUCUUUGUUAGCUUGGGUUUGGGCUACGGCUUAUUCUCAUUGAUCUGGGGUGCCAUUGCGGACGCAAAGAAAUGCACUAGAAUACUGAUUGUAGUAGGUACAUCCGGCAGCGGGGGACUGUUUCUGCUGUUAGGGCUACCGCAGAUUUUGCACUUGCCUGUGACUGGGGUACUUCCCGGCGUUACCAUACCCAUCGCAGCCGCAACGUUUUCCAUGUUAGGUACUCCAACGUUUGUAGACAUGUUAAGUUCUGCAGAGUGGUAUGGCAUACCGAGUGGAUUAGGAUUGACUGCCUUUAUAUCCGGCCUUUGGAACAGUACGUCCGCACUUGGGUAAGAGAGCCAAUAAGCUACCGUUGGUGGCGCUGUUUGCUGAAUGCCUGAAAGCGAGGUCCUAGUGCUCUCUUUUUUUUCUGAGGAUUUACCAAACAAGGAAAAAAAUCGCCAGUGUAAAUCAAUGGUGAAAGCUUACACAGCCUCGGUUUGGCCGAAAGUUUGAGCCAAAGCCCGCUUGCGCAGUGUGUACUUCCUUUGCA